AUGUCAGAAAAAGAUCAAUCAAGUUUUAAUGAAAAUAAUGAAGUUUUCUCGGGUAAAUCAAAAACUAGCUCCACAGAGAAAGAAUCUUUAUUUUUCGGUAAUUGCGCAGCGAUAAGUCCAGACAAUCAGCAAAUCGUUACUUUUAAUCCAAGGAAUAGCGAAUUUAACUUAUAUGAUAUUGAUAAUUUAACUUCAAGUAAAUCUUUUAAAAUACCUGAACCUGCUGUUUAUGAUAAACGCCUUUGUUGGUCGAUAGCAAUAUCUAAUCGAGUAGACGUUGAUAAAGAUGAACGUCUUAUUGCAUUAUCUUACUCGGAUGGUAAGCCUAAUGACCAAUAUAAUCAUGACGAAAAAGACUUAGGAUCUUCAAGUAAAGUUAAUAACCAAUAUGUUGAUGAAGAAAAAGGAUUAGAAUCUGGUAGUGAUAAAGUUAAUAUUAACGAAGGUCAAACAUGGGUGAUCUCCACGACUGAUAUAAGAGACAUACGUACUUCUUUAGAAUCAAUUGGCGGUGUUACUAAUAUAGGAGAAAAACGUACUUCUUUAGAAUCAAUUGGCGGUGCUACGGAUAUAAAAGAAAUACGUACUUCUUUAGAAUUAAAAAGCGGUGGUGUUAUAAGAUUUCUUAAUAGUGAUGAUGAUUAUAGUGAUCAACCGUUAAAAAAUAAAAUAGUAAUCAUUUUAGUAAAUGAAUCGGGAAUUCUUAAAAAAACCAUGAACAUGAAUCGUAAGGGCGCACGUGGUGGAACGAAAAGAAAUUUGAUUUUCUCCAAGAAUGAACAAUUCGAAUUACCCGAACGACUUUUACUUUGUCUUUCACGUGAUACAUGGCAAAAUUCGCUUAAACGUUUGCACAAAAGUAUUAUUAAAAAUCAUUUUAUGGUACAUUCUUUUGAAAAUCGACAACAAAUCAUUGAAAUGUAUAGUUUAAUUACUGGCGAUCUAGAGAUGUUAUUUAUACGUUAUGAAUCUUCGAUAGCUCCCGACAUAAUUCGUAGUUCGCCUAUAUUUUCCAUCUCUCAAAAUGAAAAGAUUUUAGCAUUUUGUCAGGGGACCACUAGCAUUACGUUAUACUCUAUGGAAAAUGGUUUAGAAAUUGCUACUAAACGAUUAGAAGGUCAAGGAGGAAUUUAUAAAAUUAUUGCGAUAAAUUUUAUUGAUGAUGAUAAUAAACUUUUAAUAGUCCUUGAAAAAAAAGAUCGACAAGGUAAAAAUUCUAAGCGUCAAAUAAUUGUAGUAUGGGAUUUAUUUACCACAUUUGAAAAUUCCAUACGUCAAAUUGAUUAUCCCGACCCCCUAAAAAUGCAUCUCAAACAUAGAUUAAUGAAUUCUCAUGGAAAUAUGUUUGCGGUAAGAGAUAGUGGAGAUAGUGGAGACAGUGAAGAAGUUAUUUCAAUAUUAGAUCGUGAUAAAGUUAAAUCAAUUUUAAAUAUUUUAAAUCCACCAAAGAAGGAAAAGACAUCUCCAGGUAUUACUCCGAGUGAUUAUAUUUUAGAUGGGAAUUUAGGUGAUCAAAUAAGUAUCGAUAAAGUUGAACCAUGGCAUCCAAGCAAAAAUUAUUUCCAAAUGUCAGUUUUCUUGGAUUCUACUAAAAGAACUAAACUUAUUAUAUCGCCAAACACUAUACAAGUAUGGAAAUAUCGUAGUAAUAAUAAUGAAAAACUUGAUGAAAAUGAUCGGGUAUUAGAAUAUAUCUGGGCUCAUAAAAACAAGAUAAAUAAUGUUCAAGAACUAGAAGUUAGAGAACGAGAAUUCGUAUUAAAAAGUUUAGUACUUCCUACUCCUACUAAAUGUUCCCCAUCAAAAAUAAUUACAAUACAUUGGCCAAAUAAUGUAAAUGUUCUUGAAGGAGCAUGUCGAUCCCUUUAUGUAUUAGGAGAGAAGAAACGUGCAAAUUCCGUAAUUAGUUUAGAGAGUGUUAAUCAAAUUGAAUCUUUGAUUGAAAAUUAUUAUGCUGAUAAUACUAAAGAAUAUAAUAAUUAUGGUUGGAUGUUUACUGUAAGCGAAGCAAUACCUUCACUAUAUGAUGCUAAAUUGAGUGAAUUGGUUCAAUAUUUAUUCAAAAAACCAUGUUUUGGAACUACUGAAGCUUACACUCCGCCAUUAAAUAUUAAUCCUAUUGAACAAAAAAGAGGAGAUAACGCAACUGUGAUACAUUCUUUGUUAGUAAAACCGGGUUUACCAUUAAAGUUCAAUUAUACUCUAUGGUUAAACCCAUUUACAAGAUUGUAUUAUUCGUUUCAAUCUGCAUCUGAUCGUAAAGUUUGUAUGGUCCCAUUACCUAAUUUUACAGUAUAUCCCAAAGACUCACAAGAUCAAGACCCCAAAGACCUCAAAGACUUCAAAAAAUAUUUUUUGAUUUUUUUUUCUCUUUUUCGAAUACUUUUGUGGCCACGUAGGAAAGUUAUUAAUGAUACUAAACAAAUGAGUCCCUUUCUUCGUAUUAUCCAUGAAGAGAUAGAUGAUGAAAUCUAUCGGACACCUGCAUUUAUGGCUGUCUUAGAUUUUAAAUGGGCAGCUGCCCGUCUAUAUUGUAUUCGUUAUAUCCUCGUUGGAUGGUAUUUAAUUGUUACAGAGGUAUUGCAAAUAAAAAGAGGAGGACGUAAAUAUGUAAAAAUUUCUAAUAUGGUUGAUCAAAUAUCAGUGAUAUUACCGUUAUUAAAUUAUAUAGCAGCAAUUUUAUAUGAUCAUCAAGUACUCAUUUUUCACAAAUCAGCAUAUAAUACUUUUUUAGCGUUUACAACUUUGAUUUUGUGGCUUGAAUUGGAUGACUCAAGUUUAUCAAUUCCUACUUAUAAAAUUAACGACACUUCGAAUUCAGACUUAUACUCGAAUUUAACAAUUUAUCAGGAUAUCGAUAAAUCUUCCUGGCUUGAUAAUUACUAUUCAAAUCCAUAUUUAUCGGUAAUAGCUAUAUUCUUUUGGACCAAUGGACGAUGGGAUCAACUAGACCAAUGGGAUAGUUAUGCUGUAUGUGCAAUGAGUAUACUAGGAAGUAUAAUAUUGGUGUUAAUUUUCCAAAAUAUGUUGAUCGCGUUUAUGAAUGGUGAAUUUGAAAGAGCACAUAAGGAAGGUCGUACAGCAGCUUAUAAACACCGUGCUGAAAUUGUCGCUGAUUAUGAAUCUUUAGAAAAAAUUUUUUUUAGUAAAAGAGGCAAUCCUCGAGACAUUUAUUAUAUAACUGAUCCUGAUAUGAUUGAUACCUGGCUUACGGAAACUGAAAAGGACGAGAAACGAGAAUUACAUUAUUCGAAAAAAAAUCAAGAUAGAGGUUCUUCAAGUGUUACGGAUUCGGAUUCUAUUGAAUCUAGCCCAACCAAAAAUAUUGAUACAAUUUCGUUUAUUGAUGAAGAAAUUUUUCUGUCGUCUAAAUCGAAAAAUAAAUUGCAGACCAAUUCGAAAUCAAACAGGAAAUUAUCAAAGAAUGUCGGUCAUAAUGACGAAGUUCUAGAUCCUAUUUUAAAC